UGAAACUGUGUGGCAACGCUUAAUUAUUCCAAAACAAAAAGUAAGAUUUCACAUUUGUUUACAAAUUAUUGUAUAAAUACAAAUAGUGAUAAGAUUUUAAUUAAUUACUAACAAAAAACGUGUGAACAAAAUGUCUAAAGUUGGCAAACCGAAGAAAAAGCAGAGGAUGUGGUCAAAUGACUUUUUGCUAGAACGUUCGAUGCUCAGCAAUGAAGACAUCAUAACAAAAUUAAAGAAAACAGAGUUAAAGGAGUUGGAGGAAAACCUAAAUAUGCCAGAAGAAGUAUUUAAUUAUCUAUUGGACCUCAUCAAGCCACAUAUAUCAAAGAAAGAUACUAUAAUGCGAAAUGCAAUUACCGCCGAAGAACGAUUGGCUGUAACCUUACGUUUCCUAUACUCUGGGAUGGACUACAGCAAACUUAAACUCAUUUACAAAAUUUCCGCACAAGCAAUUGCAAGAAUUGUACCAGAGACCUGCUUAGCUAUAUUCAAAACUUUAAAAAAUGAAUAUUUACGUUUUCCGCAAAACGAAAAAGAGUGGAGAGAAAUUGCCGAAGGCUUCCACAACAGUUGUCAGUUUGAGAACUGCAUUGGUGCAAUUGCAUGCAAACAUGUACCAAUACAAAGACCUCCACAAAGCUUAGGACAAUUCACAAAUCAUGAAGGAACAUGCAGCAUUAUAUUAUGUGGUAUUGUUAACUCAAAUUAUGAUUUUAUUUAUAUCCACGAAGGUGUAAAUGGUUCAGUUGUCGAUGGCGAAGUCUACUUAAGAGGUACAGAAUUUUUCGACAAGUGGUUAGAUGAUGAUCUCAAUAUACCAGAUGCAAAUCGGCUACAAAAAAGUAACUUUGUUUGUCCAUAUGGAUUUGUUGGCGAUGAAACGUUCGCUCUAUCUGAAAAUCUGUGGACUCCCUACCCAAUAGAAAAAUCUUCACUAAAGGAGGAAGUGUUCAAUUAUCGUUUAAAUCGUGCACGACAAGUCGUGGAAGACACGUUUGGGCAUUUAAUAUCAAAAUUCAAAGUUUUCCAAAAACCUCUCCGAGUUAAAUUGGAACAUUUAGAUCCUAUUAUAUUGGGUACCUGCACGCUGCAUAACUUCCUAAAAGCACAUUCUGUUGAUUAUAUGACAGCCGAAGAUGUUGACGUGGAAGAUUUAGAACGAGGUAUUGUUGUUCCUGGUGCUUGGAGAAAAAAUAAAGAAUUACUUGCAUUUGAAAAAACUAAAAUUGAUUCUAUGGUAGAGUCCAAGGAAUUACGAGACAAAUUAAGAGAUUAUUACUGGAACGAGGGUAAAGUCCCCUUUCAAUAUAAAAUGAUAAAUUCUGUCAAAGAAGAAUAAUGAAGAGUAAUGUAAAAUAUAAUAGCCCACCGCUCUUAAAAGAACAUAACAGCUGGAAAAAUGAGAUAUGCACAAAGGUGUGUUGUAAAUAAAGUGGGUGAUAAAUAAUAACAUAAUAUAAUAAACAUAAUAAUAAAUAUAUUGAAAUAAAAUUAGAAGCAAUAAUAUACUGAGUAUAUUAAUUUAUAAUAAAACUUUAAGAGAUUCGAGAUAGUUUUUAGUUUGAUUAAGAAAUACCUUUUUA